AUGGGCAGCCCACCAGCGAAGUCGCAUCCAUACGGUGACCUACGGGCGGUGCGAGAACUGAUGAUCGAGGCUGGCCUCUGCCGUGGCGUUGUGAAUCAGAACGUGGGCAGGAUCGUGCGAGCGUUCCGCUGGGCGGCGUCCGAGGAGUUGGUUUCCGCAGAGAUCUGGUCGGGGCUUCGGGCUCUUCCAGGGCUGAAGGCUGGUAGGACGCGUGCGCACGAAAGGCCCUCGGUUCAGCCCGUGGCCGAUGAGCUGGUCGAUGCGACGCUGCUGGAGCUUUCGCCAACGGUGCGAGCCAUGGUUGAGCUCCAAAGGUCGACCGGGAUGCGCCCCGCUGAGGUGUGCAGCGUCCGGCCUGUUGACGUGGACCGUUCAGGCGAUGUCUGGGUCUUCCACCCGGUCGAGCACAAGACGCAGCACCAUGGCAAGGAACGCAGCGUCUUCAUCGGCCCACGAGGUCAGGAAGUUCUAAGGCCGUUUCUGUCUCGGGCAGUAGAGGAGUACUGUUUCCGGCCGACGCGGGCAGCGAGCAUCGUGAAAGCUGCCCGGCGGUACCGUGUUGACAGCUACCGUCGGGCGAUCCAGAGGGCCUGCGAACGGGCCGGUGUGGAGCGGUGGUCGCCCAAUCAGCUCAGGCACUCGUUUGCCACUAGGGCGCGGGCAGCCUAUGGGCUGGAGGCGGCACAGGUGCUGCUGGGGCACUCCUGCGCGCGGAUCACGGAGGUGUACGCUGAACGCGAUGCGGCCAAGGGUAUCGCGGCUGCAAAGGCCAUUGGCUAA